UCCUCCAGUUACCCUAUCUCCCCAUCUCCCCUAUCAUGGAUACUGUGGUUACCUCCGCUGGUCCUUUCAUAUGGCAGCAUUCUGCAGACCUGAACAUCUCUGCCCUUUACUCAAACUCAUCAGCCUCUUCUCCACAGAGUCCACCAAACUAUGGACUGUCCUACUUCACCAUGACCUUUGGAGCCCUAUCAAACCUAACAGCUCUGGCCAUCCUUGCCAAAUCAUACACUCGCUUCCAUCGCAGAGCUAAGACCCCUUUCCUGUUGUUGGCAGCAGCUCUACUACUGACUGAUCUGACAGGUCAUUUGGUCACAGGAGGCUUCGGCCUCUACCUGCACCUGCAGAAGGUCCAGAGGCAGAGGACAGCGUCCAGAGUCAUUGAACCAACUCAAGCCUUCUGCAAACUGUUUGGUGCCUGUAUGGUAUUCUUUGGCCUGAGCCCUCUAUUGUUGGGCUGUGCCAUGGCAGUGGAACGUUGCCUGGGCAUCACCCAGUCCCUCCAGCACUCGGCUGUGGUCACCACAGCUCAUAUACGACUUUCCGUCCUCCUGCUCUUCGCCGUGGCCUUGACUUUAGCAGCGCUCCCUCUGCUGGGAGUGGGCAGCUACAAACUCCAGUUUCCUGGUACCUGGUGUUUCCUCCCUGUGCAGGGUUCGCUCUCCACUGCUGACGUCAGCCUGGUAUUGAUCUUCUCAAGCCUGGGCCUGGUAGCACUUACUGUUUCUGUAUUCUGUAACACCACGAGUGGACUGACGCUCCUGCAGGCCAGGUUUAGCAAUCAAGGUCUUCAGCCAACCACGUCCAGGAGGCACGGUCAAUCCUCUUCUCUGCAGUCCUUAGACGUGGAGAUGAUGGUUCAGCUAGCGGUGGUAAAUGUGGUUUCCUGGGUCUGCUGGAGCCCCUUUCUUAUUUACAUUAUCAUAUCAGUGAGACAUUUCUACAGAGGCACCACCAGGCAGUAUGAGCAGCCGAUGUUUCUUCUGACCUUAAGGAUGGCUUCCUGGAACCAGAUCCUGGACCCAUGGGUUUACAUCCUCCUGAGGAGGGCGGUUCUGUGCAGACUGUGUGGCCUGGUUCGACCAAACAGACCCAUUCUGACCCAGACCAGCUACUGCACAGGAUCCGAGCGGCAGAACAUUCAUCUACGCUGACGUCUGCAUUCACACUUUUAAAAAGGAAGAUGGUCAAAAGCAUGGAGAUUUCAUUACCAUGUUUCAACUGCAAAUGAAUCAUCAGCCAUGAGAAGAAUCAUCAUUAUGUAGAAGAGGGGAGUCUAAAUAGACUUUCUGAUAUAACAUAGUUGGUACCUAACAUCUGGGUGCUUCAGAAAUCAUAUUAUAGUAUUACAG